AUGGCCAAGCGCACCAAGGUUCGUGACCGUCUGCAAUUAACCCCCAGGAGGACCGGCUUCGUCGAAUUCAUGUCAUGCUUCGGAUAUCCCUACCCCGCCUCGACGACGUCCGGUUUUGCUCCAUUGGUGACAGUGGAAGGAUUGACGACAACACCGAAGCGUCUUCUGAACCUCUUGCGCCAAGUUUGGACGAUGAACGUCAUGCGCAACCCCGCAACUGGCUCAACCUCUCGACGGUCUCUCUCUUCACUUCGUGGUCGAAAGCUCUGCGGGAAUUACAAGGUCGGAGUUACCGGCAAGUACGGUACCCGUUACGGUGCUUCCCUGCGUAAGCAGGUGAAGAAGAUGGAAAUCUCCCAGCACGCCACCUACACCUGCACGUUCUGCGGAAAGCCCACCGUCAAGCGCCACUCCACCGGUAUCUGGAACUGCAAGGGCUGCAAGAAGACCGUUGCCGGCGGUGCCUACACUGUCUCCACCCCCGCCGCCGCUGCCAUGCGCUCUACUCUCCGUCGUCUGAGGGAAAUCGCCGAGGUUUAA